UCAGUUUGUUGCAUCGCCUCUCUGCGCCCACGCACACAGUUCGGCUUUUCGUGAAAACUGCAUAGCUACUUGCUUUCGAUCGUUUUUUGUUGUUGUUGCCGAUAGUAUACUACGUAAACGUUCCAAUAGCCAUGAAGACUGCCGCUUUCCUUCUCGUCGUGUGCUUCGUUGCAGUGUUCGCCGAAGAUCCAAUCAAGGAUCAAGCAGUUAGCAAGGACCUGAUCAAGGCUUGCCUCACGGAAAAUGGUUUCGACGCGGCCCAAUACCCGGCCGGCUUGAGGAACGCCAAAGUCCCGGAGAACAUGGAGCAGAAGAGAAACUGCUACUACGCGUGCAUGAUGAAGAAAAUGAACUUGAUGAAGACCGACGGCGCACUGAACGAGGAAAAUCUCCGCUCGAAAUUCAGCACGAACUUGGAGACGCUGAACAAAGCCAUCGAUACGUGCAAAGCUCAAGGCCAAAACGAUUUCUGCAAAUUGGCGUCGUGUAUGAUGGCCAAUCGAGAGAUCUAAAGAGAGCUUCGUGACACGGUGUACUCACGUCGUCGUCGUCGUCGUCGCCAAGUCGCCUGAAGAAUCAUUUUCGAAAAUGAAAAAAAAAAAAAGAAAAGAAAAGAUCUUAACAUUAAUUUCGUACAUCGUUUACUUUAAACUUCUCUUUAUCGCGCUUUCUUUCUAGCCUUCUUUUUUGUCGUAUAAGUUGAUCGUUUACUUUUUCCCUUUUUUUUGUUACCAUAAAAAAGAGAUGACAUGUUGUUAUUUAUAACUUCUGCUGGAGCUUGCAACCGAAAUAAAGAAAAGAUCGUCUCAUCUGCGAUUGUAUUUCGUAUGAUAACGCUGCGUCGUUUAUCUGCCAAGUUAUGAAUAAAAAACAUUGAUUUUAUCACUACAA